AUGACCACACCUCAAACAGCAGGCACCGAAAAACUUGAAUGUUUCCGCCGUGGAUCUCCGAUUAGGAUAGAAUACAGCGAAGACGAGAUCGCCCGCUUACUGGAAACUGCCGACAUCCUCAGUAUGGAUAUGGCGGAAAACUUGCUGAUGACAUCGGAGAAUGCAAGACGCCUGGUGUCAAGAGCCUUCGAAAGCGGCGACGAGGAUGGAAAACUGUGCCGCAAAGCCUCUACGUGUAUAUCCCAUAUCGAGCGACUCCUCCAAAAGACUCAGGAUGCUCCCUUCCAGAAAAUGGAGAGAGAAGAUGCUCGGAGCGAGCGGCAUCAUGCCGAGACUAUUGCGAGGGCAUCGAUGGUGGAUGUCACUCGUGCUGUUGAGGUUAUCAGGAAGUUUGCUCAAGGCAGGGUAUUGUGGAAGAACAUGAACAAAGAGCCGCAGGCCAUCAUGGGAGCUAGCAGGCAAAAUUGA